UUUCAUUAAUCAUCAAAAAGUCAUUCGGUGCAGUUGCAACUGGGCAGCUGGAGUGUUUAAAAGUGCAAGAUUAAGUAAAAUUGUAGUAAAUUUACUCUAGUGUUUGCUAUAUAAUAAAACCAAACAGACAAAAUGCGUGACGCGGGCCUUUUGGCCAUUUUGGCUGUGUUUGUUUGCGGCGUUUGCGUUUCCUCAACGCCAGUCGCUCAGCAGCCGCUAGUUGGAGGAAGCAAAUGCACCUGGGGCCCCUCCUAUUGGUGCGAAAAUCUCAGCAAUUCAAAGGACUGUAGAGCGACACGUCAUUGCAUUCAGACCGUAUGGGAAAAGCGCGUUGUGCCCGUCGAUGAUGACUCGAUUUGCAAGAUAUGCAAGGAUAUGGUGACUCAGGCACGCGAUCAACUGCGCAGCAAUGAAACCGAAGAGGAAAUGAAGGAGGUCUUCGAGGGCUCCUGCAAGCUGAUACCCAUUAAGCUGGUGCAGAAGGAAUGCAUCACGCUGGCCGACAACUUCAUACCCGAGCUGAUUGAGGCGCUGUCCUCGCAAAUGAAUCCCGAUCAAGUUUGCUCCGUGGCCGGUUUGUGCAACAGCCGCAAAAUCGAUGAGCUGAUGCAGCUCAGUUAUCAGGCUGCUUUGGAUGGCUCCCUCAAGGAGGAAGAUGUGGAUGUUCAGGGUGCUGUUGCCAAGGUGGAGAAGAAGCCUGCUGGCGUUGCACAAUUGACCUGCGGCAGCUGCAAUCUGCUCUCUCGCAAGAUGCAGCAGAAAUUCGAAGCCACUGAUCGCGACGAUAUGGUUGAGCAGCUGCUGCAUGUGUGCGGCGGCAUGUCCAGCUUCUCAGAUGCCUGCGCAAACAUGGUGUUGACCUAUUUCAAUGAGAUGUACGACGCUGUUAAGCAACACUUGGCUGUCAGUGGUCCUUGCCACAUGUCUGGCGUGUGUGUGGCACGUUACCACCAGCAUGAGGAAGAUGUUCAGGAGCCAGAAGCAUUGACCACCCUGGAUGGUGUUAGCGAUGACAUUCCCUGUGCACUGUGUGAGCAGCUGGUGAAGCAUUUGCGUGAUGUGUUGGUGGCCAACACCACGGAGACGGAGUUCAAGCAAGUGCUCGAGGGCUUCUGCAAGCAAUCACGUGGCUUCAAGGACGAGUGCCUCAGCAUUGUGGAUCAGUAUUAUCACAUCAUUUACGACACUUUGGUUAACAAUCUGGAUGCCAACGGCACUUGCACCAUCAUUGGCGUUUGCCCCAAAGGCCAGCUCGGUGUAAACCACAACGCUCCAAUCAUGCCUCUGCUGCCUGUUCUUGCCCCAGCCGACAUUAAGGUGACCAUCAAGAAGUUGGGUGCCAACGAGCCCAAGUUCAGCCAGCAAGAAAUCUUGAACAUGCAGUUGCCAAUUGAUCAUUUGAUGGGAGCUCCCAAUCCCAACCAGCUGGUGGAGGGCGGUGAAAUGUGCACCAUUUGCGAGUACUUGUUGCACUUCAUUCAAGAGUCGCUGGCCACGCCAGCUACCGACGAUGAGAUCAAACAUACUGUCGAAAACAUUUGCACCAAGUUGCCAAAGGGUGUCGCCGGUCAAUGCCGUAACUUUGUGGAGAUGUAUGGCGAUGCAGUUAUUGCAUUGCUCAUUCAAGGCUUGAAUCCACGCAACGUUUGCCCCAUGAUGCAGAUGUGCCCGAAAAACGUUGAGAAUAAGCAAGACAUUGAAGUAUUCAACCCUGUGACGACUGUGCACAGCGACGAACAGGACAAGCCCACUUGCCCACUCUGUUUGUUUGCUGUGGAGCAGGCUCAGAUCAAGAUUCGUGACAACAAGUCCAAGGAUAACAUCAAGAAGGUUCUGGAUGGUCUCUGCUCGCAUCUGCCUAGCAAACUGCGUGCCGAAUGCACGGACUUUGUGGAAACUUACUCCAACGAAUUGAUUGACAUGCUCAUCACUGACUUCAAGCCCGAGGAGAUUUGCGUGCAACUGAAGCUGUGCCCCAAGACCAAGGACUAUUUGGACGAAAUGGGCAUUGUGUUGAUUGGCAGCGAUGAGGAUGAUAAGUCAUCCAGCAGUGAGGAAAUCACUGGUAACGAUAUCGAUUCAGACGAACAAGUCGAAGUGCGAUUCGACAAGGACUUUGGUGUUACACCCAACUGUCUGCUCUGCGAAGAGGUCGUCAAGACUGUGGAGAAGAGAUUGGGCAAGCAUCCGACCAAGGCUGACGUUAAGGAUGCCCUGGAACACACUUGCGACAAGCUGAAGAAGCCAGUGGCCAGCAAGUGCCACAAGUUCAUUGACAAGUAUGGUGAUAAGAUUGCCGAGCUGUUCUUGAAGGAAAUGGAUCCCAAAUUGAUUUGCACAGAACUGGGCAUGUGCCUCUUUAGCGAGCAGGAUGAUCUUGAAGUCGAUGAGGCCUUGAAGUAUGAUGUCAUUGUGCUGCCCAAGAACAAUGAGGGUAAAUUGGCGCGUCUGGAAAGCUCAAAGGUCAAUGAGCCACCAACUUGUGUGCUUUGCGAGUUUGUUAUGACCAAGCUGGAGGCGGAUCUGAAGAACAAAACCGAACAGGAAGAGAUCAAGAAGGCUCUGCUCUCUGUUUGCGAUCACUUGCCAAAGACCGUUCGCAAGCAGUGCGAUAGCUUUGUGGAGGGUUAUGCUGCGGCUAUUAUCAGCCUGGCCAGCACAGUUCCGCCCAAGGAAGUGUGCCAAAAACUGCAGCUUUGCUUCAGCGAGGUGGUCAACGAUGAGGUCAUCGAGUGCGGCGUCUGCCAUGGCGCUUCACAAGUUCUGUUGCCUUACUUCCGUUCGCAGAAGGACCAUGAUAAUGUCAGCUCACAGGACAUGGUCUCCAUGGCCUGCGAAAACUUGCCCGCCAAGUACUAUAACAUUUGCUCGGAAAUGAUCUCUAUUUAUGGCAUUAGCAUGAUGCGCUUGUCUGAGCAUUCGUAUAUGGAUCAAUCGCACAUCUGUGCCGAGAUUGGCAAAUGCUUUGACCAUGAGAAGUCCGCUCUGGCCUUUGCCAGAAUUUCAGCUUAAGAUGCAGCCGUGAUUGAAAGAGUCGCAAUUGCAUUGUGAUGUGUCGCAAUUGGCGCCAUGGUUUAUAUAUAUAUAUAUGAUAUAUUCUUACUUAUCUGUUUACAUUCUGUAAUCCAUUGUGACUGUAAAUUAUCGAAAAACCUACUUACUUUUUUCUGCACCUUUCAUUUAUUUUCGAUUACUUUAUGAUUCUGAUGUUGAUGGAAAUGUGGUAAUAGUUUAACUGAGAAAAUAUUAGAGAAUGAAACUGAAAACUUAUUGAUUUCUGUAAGCGUACGCGAAGUGGGCAUCGCAAUUAAACCUAAACUGUAAUUUUAAAAUGAAUACAAAUACAAUAAAAAGACUAAAAACAUA